GUGAAAUUUGCAAUUUACGAAAAUGUAAACACAGCAUGGGAUUUGGGAUUACGGUUGUAAUUUGAGAUAGUUGUUUUAUUUUAACUAACAGGCGUACAUUAGUUAUUUAUUGGCGAAAUGGUGUUCACAGGAAAUGAAAUAAUUACACUUCAAUUUGGACAUUAUUCUAAUUUUAUCGGAACUCACUGGUGGAAUUGUCAGGAAGCUGGAUUUGAGUAUAUUCCAGAUACACCCUCUGAAAUUAACCAUGAUGUUUUGUUUCGAGAAGGCCAAACAUCUAGAGGAGAGGUGACAUUCACUCCUCGACUGCUGCUGGUUGAUCUCAAGGGUAGCCUGGGUUGUCUGACAGAGGAAGGGCGGCUUUAUGGAACCUCACCAGGUGUUGAUGCGACCCUGCCUCUCUGGCCUCCGGACAAAGUGACGGUACAAACCCAAGCCAGUGAAUCCAAGAAUGAGUUUCUUCAGGAUUUGGAACAGGCAGAGACAUUGGCUUCUCCUCUGCCUAAUGAAUUGAAAGAGAGUGGAAAGGCAGUGCCAAAACUGUAUUACUUGGAUAAUGAUGUGAAGUCAUGGUCAGAUUUCUUACGUCCCCAUCUGCAUCCUCGUAGUAUCAAUCUAGUUCAGGAGUACCAACAUGAUGACCCGUCACUUCCCUUUGACACAUUCCCUCAGGGCCAAGACAUCUGGAAAAGGCCAAGAUUCUGCGAGGAGUUAACUGACCGUGUGCGACUAUACUUGGAGGAGACCGAUAAUCUGCAGGGUUUCCAGGUGCUGAUGGACAGUCAUGACGGCUUCUCUGGGCUGGGGUGUUCAGCUCUACAAUACUUACGAGAUGAGUACCCCAGUAAGGUGUGUCUGUGUCUGCCCAGCCAACCACCUCAAGCCUCGCCCCUAGCCUCGCACAGGGUGCUUAAUCUCGCCCUGGCUCUCUCCUCCCUGGCCGAGCUCUCCAGCCUGUUCUGUCCUAUCAGUAGUACUACCUCAGGCUGGCGAGACCUGGGCAAGUCUGUACAGUUACCAUUCCUCCAAUACAAGUCAAACUUGUACUACCACACGUCAGCAGCGGUGGCAGCGGCAGUGGACAGCAUGAGCUUAGUGUAUAGAUUGCGUGGAGAGCAUGAGCGUUUGGCAGACCUCACGGUUCGGUUGGGAAUGUACGGACGGCGAGCGGCAGCAUUGAGCGUCAUGCUACCCUUCCCACUUAGUGUAGAUGGCACAUUGCUGGACGCCCUAGAACGGUGGGAGGGUCCACUUACUCAUCCACUUACUCCACUCACAGACUUGCAGACCGGAGUGUGGCAGCAGACCUUGGUGCUACGGGGAGUGCCAGAAUCCCGUCUCAUGAGAGCUGAUCAGCGCAAUCUGAGUUCCUCCAACCCUGCCUACUCUUGUCGGUCUCUUGCACACCUGCUGCACACAUUCUUACAGUUCGACAGUCAAACUACAGUCCGCACUCAAGUCUUCACUGCUGACAAUAAACUGCCCACCAGUGCUCCCUUCCCUCACCUCUUCUCGCCGCACAUCUCCCAGGACGGCCUCCUGCAAGACACCUCCAGGCCCUCGCAUACUGGUGUGGAGAAGGUGCCUGUACUCGCUGGCCUGCACAGUUGCCAGAGCCUGGGUAAUUCGCUAGAGUCGUUACACAGUGAAGCCAAGCGAAUCAAUAUCCGCUCCCUACACCAGUUCGCCUCCGCCGGUCUGGAAUCUCUGGAACUGGUAGAAUCACUUGAACAGUUGUUGUGUCUUAGUGAGUGUUACUCAGAUCACCAGAUGGACUUUUAGACUGAACAAUCUGAUGUUUUUGUUGCAACGUUUGAAAUAAAUUUAAAAAUGAGUUUGCUUGUUACAAAAGUGGAGCAAAUAAGAAGUUUAUAUAAUUGUAAAUUAACAUAACUCACAUUAUUUUUAAUUAAGAACAUAAUGCCUCUGUUUUAUGUAUAUUUUAAAGUUUUAUACAUAAUAUAGUUAAACUUUUUAUUUUUAGUGUUAUAUUUUAUUUAUCCAUACAAAUCUUGGAACUUAGAAUAUAACACAGUGAUUGCUGAUAUUCCUGUGUCUAUGACGAUGGAUGACUAUUGAGCAGUUAUAUCUUAGCAUGGAACAAAGGUCAAAUAUGCUACAGUGUAUAAAAUAUUAAAAUUGUACAAUU